AUGAGUGGUGAUUCUAGCAUAAAGGAUACGUGGGCGAUGGCAAAGCGGCUGGUUGGGCCCUCGCUUCUUACUCUGGGUUUCGGUUCCCUCUGCGUAAUGGGCGUGUCGGGUGUGACAACUGCCAUCAGCACCGCCUUCUUUAUUUACGUCACAGGCAUCGUGCCGGAAAACGAGUACUUUCCAUCCAUAUGGUUCAGAAACAACAUAUUUGGUGGGCUUUACAGUAUUUACUGCUCCAACGAAUUUGGUUACACAUAUCUGCGCACAACCCUACACAAACGCCAACGGAUCCCUCACUCUGAUUAUCGUCACGGCGUCCGAUGUAUCAGCGGGGGUCACGUGACGUCGUCGCCCUUCCCCGAUGAGCUGCAGACAAAUUCGGAGUUUUACGAACGUGGGGGUGGUAUAGUGAGUCUAAAAGGCCUCGGGGAGGAACAUCAAGAAUGUUUUGGCGGGGUUGUUAUUGUUCCUGUCCCCAUUCUGGCAGACAAUUAUGCCUACUUUAUUCUGAGUUUCUCGAGGAAGCGUUGCGCUGUGGUAGACCCUGCGGACCCUGAACUUGUGCUGUACAUGUUGACUGUCGUUCGGCACUUAACGAAGGUGAACUUUGUGCUUACAGACAUCCUUACCACACACAAACACUGGGACCAUGCUGGGGGCAAUUUGGAGCUGCUCAACUAUGCGCGAGGUGGUGACUCAAGGUAUACUGAGCUUCUCGAUGCAAACUUGAAGGUGUAUGGCUCCGCUUCUGACAAACCGCAUGCCUGUACUAAUCUUGUAGAAGAAGGGGAUGUGCUAACUAUCGCAGAUGGGGGCGCAGCAGUAUCUGUGCUUUCUUCACCUGGUCACACAGCGGGGUCCGUCCUAUUUCUUGUUGGAGAUACUGAUUUGGAAGGCGAAGGGCCGAAGAAACUUGCUCUCUUUACUGGAGACUGCAUCUUCUCUGCUGGCUGUGGUGCCAUGUUUGAACUCACCUCUGUUGAUGAGGUGAUGCAGACUUUCGAUCUCUUCCAUGGUGACAAGACGCGGACACAUCCAGUGACAAAGCAGACCCUCUUGCCAGACGAUGUACUGUUGUACGUGGGGCACGAGUACACAGAACGUCUACUGGAUGAGUUAUACAAAAUGCACGUAAAAGGUCCGGGAUCAAACGAAAUAGGAACGGAGAUGUCGACGUACCGUAAGGAGUUGCGCUUGGCAAUGGGAGUCACACGUCAGCUACGUUUCACGCGUGCGAAAGAUGACAUUACCUCGUUGGUGCGUCUCGAUGAGAAAAGUAGUGACCCGUGGAAACUUCCAGCAUGCACGGUGCCGUCAACACUCACUAUCGAGAGAAAAAUCAACCCACUUCUGACAAUUAAGCGUUCCGUCCUGGAGCAGCUUCGGGUGGAUUCCUGCUCACCAAAUAAAUUGAUGAGUACCAUCUACGGGUCGGUUGAGCGCCACAUUGUGGGGUAG